AAGUUUCGCAGUGACGACACCUCAAUGGAAAUGGCUGAACUCGUCAACGUGUGCUGGCUGGAUGUGCAUGGUAGGUUCGACGUGUCGAAGCUAUCCCUGGGGAUGACAUACGAGGUAGCCUUCAUGAUCUUGAUGAGAUCAUCGGGCUAUGGAUGGCAAAUUCCGGUGAACAUCCGGUUGACAUUGCCGGACGGGAUCAAGCAAGAGCACAAGGAGAAUCUUAUGGAGAAGCCGAGGGGGGAUUGGAUAGAGAUCAAAGUAGGAGAACUAAGCACAUCAAAGCAUAAGGAGGGAGAGAUGGAGGUGUACAUGUUUGAGCAUGGUGGGCAUUGGAAGAGUGGGCUUGUCCUCAAAGGAGUUCUCAUUAGACCCAAGAAUUAAUUAAGUUAAUCAAUCAACUUAUAAGAUUAUGUAGAAGUGCUUUUUCUAGUGUAGAUUUCUUAUGUUCAUCUCAUUAAUAAUAAGUGGUCUCUUUGGGUUAAAUGUUAA